AUGUCGAAGCUCAUCUCUCCCACAAUAAAGCUUGACGAUGCCAACUUGCGCUCGCUUCAGCUUCAACAGGGUGAAUCUUCGUCGUCGGCUCAGACGUCAAGAAGCGUGCUUUCACAACGAUUUCUUCAUCCUGUCAAUGCAGGACCUGCCAAAGAGGCCAAUUAUAAGAUCCACGUUCCAAACUUCUCGGAAAUGCCUCCUUUGAAGCUCGGUUACAAAUAUAUCACCAACCUUACCGAGAUCGACUCCAACACUCCGUCCGAUUUAUAUGCUGACGAAUAUAUCAACAAGGCGGGUUCUGGCUUGGAUAACUACUAUUUCGACCCUUUGAAUGGUCUUGGCGAGUUUUCUCGUUUCGAGAAAGAGUUACAUCUUAAUCUCCCAGACAAGUUCUUCGAGGAGCACAACUCAUCUCAGACAAGCACCAAAAUGGGCAUGUUCCCCGAAGUCGAUAGAGUGUGGAUAGCGGUCGACAACAGACUUAUACUCUGGAACUAUAGGGCCCCGCAAUCGUCCUUCAACAAACUGACUCAAUUUCUCACCAUAGAUGCAAUUAACAACACCAUAUUGACGGUGAAAAUCGUCAGACCCAAACCGGGGAUUUUCGUUGACGAUGUCAAAUACUUGCUUUUGGUAGCCACCACCAUGGACAUUCAUAUCUACAUCCUAAACUACGAUGAGAAAUUCAACAAUAUGACCAUAUUUAACCCAGGUCUUAGUGUCUCGACCCAUGGACUCAUCGUCAACCAAAUCAUCGAAAACGACAUCACUCAUGAUAUUUACUUUACUGGUGAAGGUGAUGGCGUGAAUAUCUGGAGAUUAGACUACUCUAACAAAGGUUCCUUCACGAAAAACAAGUGUGAUAAAGUAUGCAUGACAAAGUCUGGAAUUUCGAGCGUUCUUCCAAUAUCAAGGCUUCCAUUAUUCGGAUCAGAUUCAACCUCUCAAAACGUCGAAGCUGCUAACGUCCCGGAAACAAUUUGCCAGUUGGCCAUAGACUCGUCCAAAAAUAUUCUUUACUCUUUGUCAACCAGAUCUGUCAUUAGAGUAUACCAGUUACAAGCAUCCCAAGAGCAAUUCACUCAACUGAGCCAUAUAACUCCUCAAGAAAUGUUCAAAUCCAUCUCAAACAUGUUUGUGGACUCGGCAAACUUUAAAGCGUUUUCGAAAUUCAGAAUCGUUAGCAUUGUACCUAUUCUCGCACAAGAAUCCGCAAACGUACAGUUGAUUGCCGUCACUAACUACGGUUGCAGAAUCUUGCUUCGCUUGGGCAACCGCUCAGCUUUUGCAUCAUACAUUUCGAGCUUCAAUUCCGGCUCAAAAAUUAAGCUCUCGGUUGCUACAUUGAAAUUCCCUCCAUCUAAAGAAACGCCAAAGCUCGACAAUGAGCUCGAUGCGUUCACAAAGUCAAAGCAGUAUACCGCUCAGCUUAUCGAGAACCAACAAAAAUCCGAGUUAUUGAAAAACACAAAGUUCAGCAAGAUCCUUAGUCCUGGAAUCUUCUUAGCGGUGAAGAAGACAAAACGGUCCGACAAACUUUUUGUCUGUACAACCAAUUACGGUUUCUUGAAAAAAAACGGCAAGCUUGUUGAAGAUGCAGAAUACCUCAAAUAUGCAGCAGGCGAUGAAAAUAAUGCAUACCUGAAUGAGAGCACAUUGCCAACCUACAUUCAUGAUAUUGUUCAAUUGACUCCUUCAAUGAAUGCCACAAACACACCUAAUGGCUAUGCAAACAUCCCGGCUAGUCAGUAUACCAAGAAACCAAUGCAAUUUGCUGUCUUGAGCAACUAUGGAGUUACGAUUUAUCGCCAAAAGACUUCUGACCAAAUAAUAAAGAGUUUGCGUGAGGACACCAUUGAGAAUUUUAUCGAAGAAAAUGGCUUUGAGGAAACAUGUCUGACGUUGUUGUACUUGUCGUGUGCAUAUGGAGCGGCAGCAGGAUUCCAGAGUAUCAACAGCUCUUACAAGAAGAAGGCACAAGCACUUUUCUCCACUUGUGGUAACAAUGCUAGAUUGUUGGAGCAAGCAUCAUUGCCGCAACUACAGCCAUCGCUGGGCAUUCCUCAACAACGACUUUCAAAUGAAAAACCUCAACUAGACCACCCAACUGUUGAACAAGUCAUAUUGAGCGACCGCUUCUACGGAACAUGUUUGUUAGUUUCGCGUCUUUUCAGAAAUCACUGGAAUGAAAAAGUGUUUGAGCCACUUCCACAUAUCAAGAUCAACCCCGCGGGUCAGGUUGAUGCAUCCAGUAUAAAGGAUGAUAACCUUCUUGUCAAGAAUUUGAAGCUUAGUCGCAGCGAGAUAGAGUUCUGCAUUGGUUCUGUGGUGGUGAUAAUCAAUUUCUUCGCAGAGAAUGGUAAUAGCAUACAUGGUCUUAGUGCUCCGAACUACAGUUCUGAUCCUAGCAAAUUCGAAAAUGAAGUUUGUCUUCGGGCAGAGCAUAUUGCUUUCACUUCGAUUUUGAAGUCUUUGAAUUCUAUCAAAGAAUCGUUGUCUUUCUUAUUGGUCUUGAUCGAUGAAACUCAGGGCGACGCGGCGAAAUUCAGCGACAUUAUGAAGUAUCUUUCUGUCUCCAAUCAGCUCAACUUGUUGUCUUUGCUGUUGAAGGACUUGUUGCUUCCCAACACAGAAGUGAAAAAUUUGAUCAAAGACUUGUUAUCUUGUGUCAUCAACAAGAACAUUCUCAAGGGCGGUUCUAUUGACUUGAUUGCAUCAUCUUUGCAGAGCUCUUGUGGAUCUUUUUGUUCCACUGAUGAUGUCUUCAUCUUCAAGGCAAUUGAAAAUUUGACCAGAGCCAAAAAUGUUGGCUCAAGAGACAAUGACUUGAAGAACAAGUGUCUUUAUAACGCAGUGCUGUUAUUUGAACGGGCUUAUGACUCGCUUACGUUCGAAAAUAUCGAAAAUUCGGUGAACAGCAUGCUCGAUCUUGAGUUCUACACGGGUACAGUCAAACUACUUUUGAAGUUGGCACAUAAUUUGGGCAAUACCUCCCAUCAUCCUAGACUAGAGGUGGCUUCCGCCAUGGCUGUCACCAAUGAUAAUUCCAUUAAACGUGCUGAAAACGAACAAAAAAGAUUAAGAUUAUACGACUUGAUUUUCAAGGUGCUCACUAGAAUUGACUAUGAUGCAGCUCGUUGCAGAGAGGGUGGAGAUCAGUUGAGAAUCAAUGAGAUAACAUCGGUUCGUGAAGCAACUUACGAGACAUGUUUCGCUUCUCAGGACAAAUCUUUCCACUACGAAUUCUAUCAGUGGUUUAUCAACCAGAAUUUGGGAGACCGUUUGUUGGACGUUAAUUCUCCCUUCAUUUUACCAUUCUUAGAGGAAAAGUCGGAGAAUAAUCUCAGUUUGAGAAAUUUGCUCUGGUUAUAUCAUGCUAAAAGGGAAAACUACUAUGCAGCAGCCAACAUUUUAUUUUCUUUGGCGAUUUCUGAGUUCAAAUUGGAGUUGAGCCAAAGAGUUGAAUACUUGUCUCGUGCAAUUGGAUUUUGCAAUUGUGUUUGUCCGCCCAACGUGAGGCAGAAAAUGAUCCAUUUGUCAUCUGUGGUUUUAGAGCUUUUUGAUGUUGCAAACAUCCAGCUCGAUCUUCUUGCUGCCAUCAAGGCUGACUUGCGUAUUAGCAAAGAUAACAAGGAUUUGGCAACCCAAGCCCUAAAUUUCAAGAUUCUCAACAUUAGCGAGCUUUUCAACAAUUACACCGAUCCAUUGGGUUAUUACAACCUUUCGUUGUUGAUCUUUAAAGUAUCAGAUUACAAGAACAGCGAUGACAUACUCAAAAGAUGGGAGCUUUUCUUUGAGCGGAUCCUCCACGAAUUCUUAACGGUGAAAGAAGCAAGAGUUGAACCUCUCUACAUUACCAUCACUAAUUUAUUCACACCCAUUGGGUUGCAAUUGUCUUCCAACGACACCGUGUUUCCGCUCGAUGAUUUAGUGAAGCUCAUUUGCAAAACCAUACGAAGUGCUAUUGAGGAAGAUUCCAUAACCCAAACUCCUCCACGAGGAGCACUUGUGGAUAUGUUUCUCAAGUGUGGAGUCAAGUGCGACCGGCUCUACUACUCUUUCCAGUCGUUAUUGGAGUACAACAGCUUUGAGGUUUAUUCCGGGUUCACAGACUACUUGAAGAAGAGUGAAAUGCCAUACUUGAUCAAGCGGUGGUAUCAAACAGACAAGACAUUGAAGGACGGCAUCUCGGACGAUAAGAUUAGAAAUCUCCAAGAGUAUGCACUCGAGACUGAUCCCGUGGCCCAAUUUUUGAGAGAGACGAGUUAA